AUGCAAUCUGCGUAUGCCGAUGCCGCGCCCGUGAAGACUUCCACAGAAUCACUGGGAAUGCCAGCCAGUGGCCCGGAUGAACUUGUUAAGGUGCUUCAUGACAACUAUUUGAAGUACGUAAAACCUCUAGAAGACAUGUACAGCUACGAUCUAUUUCGCCCCAGCUGGUUUGAGGAGACAAUCCUCAAUCAAAAACCGUUUGUGACCUUCUUUGGCCCAUGGUCUUCAGGCAAGAGCACGUUUAUAAAUUAUCUGCUUCAGGAUAAUUAUCUCUGGACGGGACCACAACCGACAACCGCCGAGUUUACCGUUGUCGUUUACGGUGAAGAAGUAGGUCCUGUGAAUGGACACGUAUUAGCGAACGCAAAGAAUCUUCCUUUCAAGGGGCUAACCGAGUUUGGGGAGUCGUUUUUUGAAAAGUUUCAGGGGUACCAGGUGCCGCAUGAGCUAUUAAAGCAUGUGACGUUAAUUGAUACACCGGGUGUGUUGGAGAGCGUGAAGGACAUUCACGAACGCCAGUUUGAUUACGUGAAGGUGAGCCGUUGGUUUGCGGAGCGUAGUGACCUUAUUUUUGUCUUGUUUGACCCCUCCAAAAUGGAUGCUGGAAUCGAGCUACAAAUGAUGUUUAAGCACGCGUUCAAGGGGAUGGAGGGAAAGAUGCGCAUUGUUCUAAACAAGGCCGACAGCAUAAACACCCAAGAAUUGAUGCGAAUCUACGGCAGCCUUUUUUGGAACUUGUCAAACCUCAUUAAUUGUACUGAACCACCGCGCGUGUACGUCGGGAGCUUUUGGGAUCAGCCGUACAGAGAAGGGACCUUCACGCUGCUCUUUACUGAGGAAAAGACCGACCUUUUGCACGAAAUCAUGGAAGUGGUGCCACAACAGGCGUGUGACAAGAAAGUGGCGAGUCUCAUACGCCGGGCGAAGGCGGUGCUGGUGCAUGCACUUAUCGUUGGUGGUAUGAGGUCGGAGCUACCGCGGCUCUUUGGAAAGGAAAAGGCAAAGAAUAAGGCCUUGGACAACCUGCAAAAGACGUACGAGAUUGUGGCAGCCAAGUACAAGAUGAACUGGAAGGACUUUCCUCCUGUCCAGGAAUACCGCACCUUCUUGGAGAAAUUUGACGUGGAGAAAUUUCCCGAAAUUGAGAAGGCGGAAAAAGACGGGAAAAUCAGUGCCUUGCAGAAGUGCGUUGGGACGUUACUUCCCGGCAUGCUGCGCCCUGUCAAGAGAACUGCUGUUGCCGAUCCUCGGAAUAAGGCGGAACGGCAACAGUUGCAGCAAGUGUACCACGAAGCGAUUCGCUCACAGUAUGAGGGAAAUAUGGGGAAACAAGGCAGCAGUGACGUGGUGCAACCCUCUCUUCGAGAAAGCGCCGUAGCAUCGUCAGGGGGAGUAUGGGGAAAAAAGAACUCUGCACCCGAACAAGCAACUGACCCCACGAUGACCAUGGAGAGUGCUGCAAUGCCGAAUCAGACGCAGAUGCUUAUGGGGAUGAUGAUGCAAAUGAUGCAGCAACAGCAACAAUAUCCUCUUCAUGCUGAGUCCGCACCUGUGGAUGAGGAGAAGUUGGAUUGA